GGAGAUAGAGAGCGAAAAGUUGCAUCAAAAGCCUCUUAUUUAAUUAAUCAGAUAUUCUCGGUUCACCCAUUAAUGAAGAUUCACGUAAUACGAGAAGUCGAACAAUUGAUAUUGUUUCCUAGUGCAAACGAACGCGCUCAAUAUUAUGGGGUCAUUGCAUUGAACCAAAUAAUACUGACGGACCGAGAUGUCGAAGUCGCAAAUAAGUUAAUUGAUAUUUAUUUCGUAUUUUUUACCAAAUUGUUGGAAUUAAAGGAUGAGGAGGUAAAAAAGAAUAAAGGUUCGGCCAAAUCAAAAAAUAAAAAGAAAGAUGAUACGGUUAAGACCGAUGUCGUAGAUUCAAAACUGGUAGCUGCCAUAUUAACCGGUGUCAAUAGAGCUUACAAGUUUGCUCGUGUGGAUGACACUCUUUAUCAAUCAUUACUUGAUCCGCGACUGGACACGUCAUCCAAACAAGCAAUGUAUCUUAAUCUCCUAUUCAAAGCUCUAAAGAAUGAUUCUAUGAUCGUACGAGUUGAAGCUUUUAUCAAAAGACUGAUACAAAUUUGUGGGCAUCAGUUGCCACCGUUUAUAUGCGGUGCAUUAUACUUGAUUUCGGUGCUUGUGCAAAAACAUCCGUCCCUGAGCUAUUUUAUCACUCAACCCGAAGACAAUGAUCCUCAAGAACACUUUGUAGAUGUGUCCGAUGAAGAAGACGACGAAAGACAUCACGUUGCUGGUUCUGACGAGGAAAAAAAAUCGGAAAAAGAUAAAGAUAAAUCACCACAGGAAAAUGAAAAUUUACGAAAAUACGAUGGUCGUAAAAGGGACCCGCAGUAUAGUGAUGCUGAUCAAACGUGUCUGUGGGAAUUGACCCUUUUCACCGAUCAUUUUCAUCCGACGGUUGCCUUGUAUGCAAAACAAUUACUCGAGAACAAACCGAUCGAAACUCAACCCGAACUUCAUCAUCACACGCUAGCACAUUUUCUUGACAGGUUUGUAUAUCGUAAUCCAAAAAAAAGAGAUCGAGUUAAAGGCGGCAAUGUUCUACUUCAGCCAACGGUGGCUACGGAACCUGGAAUGGUAAUAAUGAGAAAAGGUGCUGGAAUCUCUCCGAAUGAGAUAAAUGUUAAUUCGGAAGAAUUUUGGAAAAAAAAUUUUGAUGAUAUUCCGGUGGAUCAGGCAUUCUUCCACAAAUAUUUCACACAAAAACACUCUGGCGGGAAGACGCAAAAAGAAAAGAAAAAAAAGUCAACCGAUGGUAUAGAUAAUUUUCUCGAUCCAGAUCAAGAGAGUGACGAAGAGCUGGAGAAUGAAAUAUGGGAAUCAAUGAAAUCGACUAUGCCGAUUAAAUUAGAUUCCGAUCUUGAAGAUGAGGAAGAUGUAGAUGAAUUGGAAAACGCAUACUUUUCAUCAGAUGAGAAUGAUAUAGAUGAAUUAAAAGACGCGUACUUUUCAUCAGAUGAGAAUGAUAUGGAUGAAUUAAAAGGCGCGUACUUUUCAUCAGAUGAGAAUGAUAUAGAUGAAUUAAAAGACGCGUACUUUUCAUCAGAUGAUGAUGAUGAAGUCGAAGAUAACAAAGACGAACUCAUGGAUGACGAUUCGGGUUCUGAGAAUAACGACUCCACUAACGAUUCGAUCAGCGACGAUGAUGACGAAGGCGAUGAUUCUG